CCAUCAGCCAUUUUGUCCAGUUGCAGCAGGAAGUAGUAUGCUGAGUACAGGGCUGCAUUUAUGUGCAUCAAACAUUUGCUUUUAUGGCUUUCCUGAGAUACUGUUUGUCUGUGAAGAAAGAGGAAUAAGGUGGAAUAUAAAGAGUCAAGUGUAACAGCUUAAGUCUGUUGACUAUUGCAAAAAUGAUGUCUAUUAAAGAGGAGAAAGAAGACUUGAGUUAUCCAGAGACACGGAUAAUAAAACAUGAAGAUACAGAGGAACAAAGAGAUUUGAUGGAUGUGAAAGAGGAAAGCCAAGAGCUGAAUGACAAGGAGGAGAAACAUCAGAAUGAUAAAAGAAGUGAAAAAUAUUCUAAUUGCUCACAGAUUAAAACUAAUUUCUCCCAAACAAUCACUCGAACAAAAGCCAAAAAUACAUUCACAUGCCCUCAGUGUGGAAAGAGUUACACACACAAAGGACACUUUAAGAUUCACAUGAUGAUUCACACUGGAGAGAAGCCUUUCACAUGCCUUCAGUGUGGAAAAAGUUUCAAACAAAAAGGACACUUUACGAUUCACAUGAAGAUUCACACUGGAGAGAAGCCUUUUACGUGCUCUAUAUGUGGAAAGAGUUUUGCACUAAAAGCAGUUCUUAAGAAGCACCUGAGACUACACACUGGAGAGAGGCCUUUCACGUGCCCUCAGUGUGGGCAGUGUUUCACAGACAAAGGACACCUUAAGAGUCACAUGAAGAUUCACACUGGAGAGAAGCCUUUUACAUGCUCUCAAUGUGGAAAGAGGUUUGCAAUAAAAGGAGAUCUUAUAAAGCACCUGAGAAUUCACACUGGAGAGAGGCCUUUUGUUUGCCCUGAGUGUGGAAAAAGUUUCAUACAAAAUGUACACCUUAAGAGUCACCUACAACUUCACAUCGAGGAGAAGCCUUUUUCUUGUCUUCAGUGUGGAAAGAGUUUCAAACAAGCAGGCUAUCUCACAGUUCAUCAGCGCUAUCACUCUGUAUUAAAGCCAUUUUACUGUGAUCGGUGUGGCAAAAAAUUUAUGUGGGAAUCACAUUUCAAGGUACACUUGACAACUCAUGCAAAUGAGAAGCCUUAAGGCCUUUGCGCACCAAACCCUAUGAGAUUAUGAGAAAUGAAUAGCAGACAAUUGGCCCUUUAACGUUAAAAGUGAGGCAAAUGAUUGUCAUUAACACAUUCAUGCCUUUACAAUAGGUGCCAGUAAUCGACAAACAAUUAUCCCGGUACGGUAGAUGGCGCAAAGUGCUAUUCAGCUGGUCUGCCCUUCACAUAUGAUGGAUGAGAAGAAAAACUUGACAAGUAAACAACCAGGUAAUCACAAUACGAAAGACAAGCAAGUUCUCUAGCAAGCCCAUCGAAAAACUUAAAUAAAACAUAUCUCUCUACAAGCUGCAGCAGUGAUGACAAGUGUGUUGAGUUGAUCAAUAAUGAGAAAACGUUUGAGACAAUUCACAAACUAUUUCAGUUCACCUGCUGGACAAGUUGACUGAGUAUUAAUAUGUAGACAGUUUGAGAGUUUAAAAUCACUGCAUAAUGAACAGACAUAAUGACCCCGUUUCCACCUGGUAUUAAGAAGCGUUUCAGAUGAUCUGACCACAUUUGGUCAGUGCUAAAUUAAGUCUAAACGAGGUCUAAAACAUUUUGUGAUCGGAUCACAAAAAACACAUAUGAAAUGUGGUCAAAAACGCAUGUGACAACAUUGCAAUUGAGAUGUAAACGCUAUCUGUCCUGAAUACAUCCUGGACAGCAGUGAAGCGCCGCCGCUCACCUGUCAAUUAACUGCUGCGCUGUGUUUAAACUUUGAUGGUUACGAGUGGCUUUAAAAGGAAAAUAAACGUCCCAUCAGAAAUUUUGAAGAGGAGGAUACAUACACAAGCACAAGAACUUAAUGGAUCUUCUUCAGUGUGUCUGAUAUCAACAUGCAGAUACACAGAUGAGAAGCACAAACAUUUGAAGCUCCUUUAUUACAGGUAAUCCACCAAAAUAAUGGAUAAUUCUGCUCGAAAUGUUGCGUUCUUGCAUAGAUGAAAUUUCAGCUGCAUCUGGGAGAAACAGUGGAACAGCAUUUUUUUUUCUUUCUGCAGUUUCUUUGUCUUUUCUGACUUUUUUGCUUUAAUAUCAUGCAGUAACACAGUGAUUGAUGUAUGUCCUCAUGAAAUCAGAGACCCUCCCCUCUAAAUCCAAAUACAAAUGGUCGCAGGAGACGCAUUUAGCGACAAGGUGUAAACAGCUCACGUGUCUCACCUGACCACAUGUGAUCAGAUCACCUAAGACGCAUCGUAAUACCAGGUGUAAAUGGGGUCAUUUGUCUCCCUUCAGGUGGAGUCGGGCAUAUCGUAAUUACGAGUUCCAAGCACAUGAAUGACCCCGCAAAGUCGUAUUAACGAGUGGGAAACUCUGAAUUUUAGAUGAUACAUGAGUUUCCAAGUUGGGAUGAUGGAAGGGACAGAGCAACGUGAAAGAUGAUAGGAAGUAAUGAUUUUGAAAAUGUAUUUCAACUGCUGUAAUUUAUUUCAAUAAUAUUAAUUUGUUUUAUAUGAAUGUCAACUAAUGACUCACCCUUCACGGUUUGUUUUAAGCAAAUUAAUUAUUAAUAUGUUAGAUACCAUGCAUUAAUAUAUUGUUUAUGUUGUUUAUAAUUAGUGCAGAUUUAUUCACUAAUGUUUAUUCACCGGUACAACAGAAUAAAUUGAUUUUGCCAUUGUUCAUUUCGUAAUUUAUUAAGUUUGGCUUCUUCCGUAUGUCGUUGUAACGAACGCCCAACUCGGAGGUACAAGCUCUCCAGGUGCAUUUGAAUGCAGCAGUUGACUGUUAAAGCUAUACUGAUUGUAUAUUAUUUACAUGUAUAUCUUACCUACUUGUUAUACAUUUGCUUAAAACCCUGCUUUUUGUAACAAGUAAGCUCACAUAAGAUUAAAUGCAAAAAUGCAGCAAUAUGGAAUACAUUAUGAAGACAAUCCAUGUAAGAUCAGAUUUUUUUAAAGGGGAUGCAGUGCAGUAAUGGAGCAUUAUCAUUUACAUGUUAAGAGAACCCAUAUGACCAAAAAAAAAAAGUUUUACGUUUUUAAGGUAUUUGAUGCAAACAACAGCCUCACUGCUGGUUCAGAAUUUCUUCCUUGAGUUACUUCAGUGUUUGAUGUCGGUGGUCAAAACAGCUUUCUGUGCUUGAGUGCCAACAAUUGCGCUGAUUUCAAUUACUGCAGUGGCUCCUGGUGUGUGACCCUCAGCUCAAAUUUUAUUGGUUUGGCCAUUUCAUCGCUGGGCGAAGAAAAAAAAUUGACACUCGCUGUAAAAAAAAAAAAAAAAAAACCUUGCUCUGUUGGCGCACGAAUGUUUGCUGUAGGUGUGAAUGGGCUUCAUAGGAAUCCAUUGUUUCAAGUCAAAAUAAAAAAUCGAGUUUGGUGUGCAAAGGCCUUUAAAUGUGUUCUUUUAGUGGAAUGAGCAGCCUCAGGAACCCUGAUAGAUCAUGAGAGAGAGCAUACUGGUGUAAGGCUGUUCCCCGAUUCUGGACUCAGGAGGCACAACUCUCUGAGAAAACAAAGAAUAUCCGAAAAAAUCUACCUAAGAAUUCUCUUGAAAAAUUACCAUCUCUACCUCAAGCACCACACCCACUGAGAGUAAAUUGUAACUGCACUCUUCCUUGUUCUCCCACAUCUGUUCCCUUUCUGCCUCUGCUGUCUCUCCUCUCUCCCUUUUCAGCUCAAAAUCACCUCAAACUCACCUAAUGCCUGUAUGUACAAAAUCUAUUAUUGUAUGUACACAACAAAUCUGACUAUACACGUUUCAUAUCAUAUAAAAAGGUCAUACAGUGGUCUGCUGCCCACAACAGUAGAUUACAUGGUAAAGUUUUGAGAAUUUUGAGAAAUUAUGUCUGCUGCCAGGGGUGUGCCUCUCUCCUUGGUUUUCAUCCUGUGUGCUGAUAAGGUGGCCGAUAAUUUUUAUUCUGUCUGGAUAUUUAAGGGAAGCUUGCAAAGUAGUCAGCAGGAUUCUGUAGCCAGAUGUUGUAUGCAACACCAUGUCUUACUAUAAAGUCAAGUAUGCAUCUCUUACUCUUAAGAUUCAUCUUUGUGCAUUGCAUGUUUUGUGUUUAUUAUUUUUGAAUUUAUUAUGUAAUUGGCAUGAUACAUAUUUACCUGACUAAUAAAUUGCUAAACUUUC